UAAAUGCAACAUGACGCGCAAACUACAAUUGCAUAACAAACAGAACGUUCAGAAAUGCCAAUAUCGCAGCACUGCAAUAAUCAAGCGUUCAAAAAGACAACAAUUCUAUCAGUUGUCACACAUAAUUUCUAUCAAAAAAUUGUUUACUGCAUUUACUGCAUUUAACUACGAUGUCUGAUGAAAAUGAAAAUCUCAGUAAUGCGGAGACACAGUUAUUGCUGAGAGUACGGUUGAAUAUGGAGGACGAGUUUAAAUCGGGUAGAAGGAAAAAAAAUGUAUUGUGGAAGAAAGUUGUGACCGAAGUUAAAAAUGUAAAUCCCAAUAUAAGACUGGACAGUACCACAGCGCAGAGAAAAUGCUUAAAUCUCUUGGUAACGUACAAGCGCAUUAAGAAAAGAAAUAAUUCUUCCGGUAGAGAAGCUACAUCCUGGAGGUAUUUUGAGGACUUCGGCGAAGUUUAUGGUACAAGGCACUCAAUGACUCCUCCAACAGCAAAUUAUUAAAGUGAAACUAUAAAUUAUUAAUUUUCAUAAAACUUAUAAAACCUUACUUUAAAAGUGGCCCAAUUCAUUCGGAAAUGGGAAUAGAAAAUGUCCUCGGGAAACGACUUUAUUGUUUUAAUAAACGAUUUGUUUUUAGGUAUUUUUCUUUUUAAAGA